GUGACUCAGCCUUUAUACGUGUUCAAGGGUUUGCCGCAUAUAUUCGUUUUUGAUUGACGAAACUAGCUUCUUGGCCUCGUACCGGCCACAGCAUUGCCGCGUCUGGUAGAAGUACCUCUGCUCGAGAGUAGUAGGUUGAUCAGUUUUAUUUGAUGCUCACCAAGUCAAAGAUAGGUGCGACGUCGACGUGUCGAGCUCUUUACAAUUAUCAGCUCCACCCGCGUCCCAGGGCAAAAAGUGUGCAAAGUGACCGGCGAACAUGUGCGGUUUAGUGCAACAACUCCUGGCCGAUGGCGAUUCAUUGCUUGUUCCUCAACAGCACUUUUCCGGGGCGCGGACGAAACAUACGCAGACUGUACAAGGCAGAAGCACGCGAGACACGACAAGUACCUCUACUCUGGUUGCAGCGACGACUCUGCUGAAGAACCUCCUAACGUCCUUUCUCGACACACCGCAGUUCUCGGGCGAGCACGUACCCAGUGGCGUCGCCAAGAAAACCAGCCCCACUGACGGCUUGUUUGUCGACCCGGCGAGUUCCUCGGCGAACGGGCUCCCGACCAAUAGCCAGCUCGAGGAGGCGGCCAGCCACGCGGGGGAGAAAAACGCGACCACGCUUGCGAACGACGGCGAUCAUGAUGGAACGUCGUACGUGGCGGUUUCUAUCGAAAGAGGAUCCGGUGUUGACGUGGCAGGCGCAGAACCAAGGGUUGUGGUUCACGAUGUAACGGGACCCCCUGCUGCUCGUCAGUCUGCUCAGCGUGGUCAUAAUGAUCUACUUCACAGUAGUUUCUAUUUCAUCAGCGACAACCAAGAGCAGGUGGAACAUGGAAGUGUCAAGCCGCACAACUGUCGUAGAAGCAAUUUUUCACACGGCCUUACUUCUGGAUAUCGCACUUGUCCGGAGGACUCCUGCAAGAACACAGCCGGUACUAAAACUUCCUUUGUCACCCUCGAGGACGAGGCGGAGAAGCAGGAACAAAUGAGAAUUGAGAAACAGAACACCGCAGCUGGGAAGCCGGCGGCAAAAAUCUCGCUGACGGAAGAGGAGCAAUCGGAGAAAAACCAAGAAGACUUGGAUGCGCUCACGGUAAAGGAAUUUUCUAUUUCUUGCUUGAUCGGAAAAAAUAAACCAUGCCAAGUUGGGCCAAAAAAUGGAAAUGGUCGACGCAAUGUAGUUGAAUGCAGUUCAGAAUUCUCUUGUGCACAACCCUGUAAAAAUAAAGAGUUCCACCACGAAUAAUAGAAAAAACUUUCCUCAUCUUCAGGGCAACCCAGCCAAGACGAAACAGGAGCUGAGCAAGUUCGCAUCGCAGGCGGCGAAAACGAAGCUGCUCUCGCAGCUGGAGCCGAAUCUGUACGACGCGAACUGGGCCGCCAGUUGGGAUUCCACCUACGACGGGACCACGAUUCGCCCGGUGCGGCCCGACGACCUCCACAUCCACCACAACCGGGACGACGGCGCCGCCUGGGCGUCCGGCAACCCGGACGCGUCCUUUCCGGGCACCAACGGCACUGACGUGCCCACGCCAAUCCGAAUCUCCGUCACGGCCGAGUCACCGUACCAGCCCCAGGAUCUGCCGCUAGUCGCGAUCAAAAUGUUCCAGCCGAAGAGCGGGAAACCCACCGGGGUUCUGAAAAUCACCUCGCCCGACGUGCACACCUUUCUCGUGCCGGAAAUGACGUUUUUGUAACGGUGGAACUCGGUGACGAUGCGGCACCAAGGGCUGGUCCGACGCGUGCUGGCUUUUGCUUUUCCCCGGCCAAAAGGGGAUCCGGGUGACGCUGAUCUGGUUCAUCUCAUACUCGUUUUUGAAAAGGAUAAAUGCAUUUUGUUCUUUUGUAGUUUCUGUUUCUAGCUCUACCUCUACGAGGACAUCGAUUUGAUUUUGGGUUUCAGUUUUUAUUUUGCGGACAACUGAGACAAGAGGAUGGUCGGCGUGCAAGAUCAGCGCAAAUUCUUUUGAGUAGAAGAAGAUGAAGACCAAGACAGCCACCUCCACGUUGAACACGUUGCGGCAAGAUAGAACCAUCGAACGAAAAGGACAAUAUUUUUGAACCGAACGACUUUUUCACGUCCCUGAACAAAAGAAAACGAGUACAUAUGAUAUUCGACAGAUCGUUUGGUCCUCUGUUGAUGUUGUAUGUUCGAAAAUUAUCUGAAUCUUCGCGCGCCGUUUCUUGCAUUGUUGUCAUGUGCGAUCGAUUUCAAUUAAAAACUCCAGUCCUAGAUGCAAAACAUCAGUGCGCCUGCGCCGUUUUUUUUAAGUAU